UUUGAGCCGUGCCAACAACGACAACAAUAACAGCUGUGCGGCUGGUGAGGAAGCGAACGCAGGCGAAGCCGAGGACGAGGAGUAGGCAGAAGGAAGGAGGAACCGACCAAGGGCAAGCAGCAUUGGAACAUGUCAUCGCACCUCAAACCGACCAUGGCCAAAGGCGCUGGUGCCGGAAGGCUGCAGGUUGCGCUGAAGCCUGGGCACAGCUUGAUGGACUGGGUCAAGUUGAAGAACAAGAAAGGCCCCAGCCUCGCCGGCUCACGCAGGCAAUCCCGUGAACCCAUCACAAAGGAAGAGCUCGCACAACACAAGGGUCCCGAGGGCGAGAUUUGGAUGGCGAUCCGUGGCUACGUCUUCAAUGUGACGCCAUAUCUGGACUUUCACCCCGGCGGCCGCGCGCAGCUCAUGAAGGGAGCGGGGAAAGACGCGACAAAGCUGUUUGACCACUAUCACCCCUGGGUGAACGUGGCUGGCAUGCUGGACAACUGCUGUGUUGGCAAACUCGCCCCGUAAUACGAUCACCAGCACGAAUCUAUGAUCAAGAAACCAUUGCGAUCCUUACCAUCAUAUCAAUGCGACAACAACGCCUUCAUCGCCUUGUCCACGACGAUCAUGAUGUUCAUACGCGUAUGCAUUUGAACGUGUUGUGGUAUUGCAGCCAUCCCCAAUGCAUGCUGACCAACGUGUGCAUGCUUGUGCAACCCUUGUUAAACAACCACCUGACUCUGUCUGUCUGUCUGUCUUCUGUCUCUCUGUCUCUCUGUCUGUCUCUUUCUCUUCGUGUGCGUCUUUGUUGUCGGGCCUUGUCCUUUUGCUUGUUUGAUGCCAUGUUAUCUGCACUCGUGUUCCAGAGGAACAACAGUUUAUAAUUGACAAACGAGCUCUCCUCUGAAGCUGUUGGCGAGUUAAGCCGCGACGCACACACACACAC